AUGUCCGCGUCCGAGUCGGCACCAGAGACCAGCAGAGAUGCCAUGGACACUGCUGCAAGAAAGGACCGUACUCUCGCAGAAUUUUUGCUCAUGUUGGACGACUUCAAGCCGUUGAUUCCAACAGAAGUAACAGACUACUACCUUCAGCGGGUUGGGUUUGACUGUGAAGACGAGCGGUUGAAGAGACUGCUUGCCCUCGCUGCACAAAAGUUCUUGUCGGAUAUAGCAGCAGAUGCAUAUUCUCAUGCGAGAAUUCGCUCUGGAGGAGGCCGUAGCAAAGCAGGAGGCGCAGCCACCAAGAUCAAGACUGUUCUUACGAUGGAAGACCUGACAGCAGCUCUGGCUGAGUAUGGUGUAAACGCGAAGAAGCCAGAGUACUACCUAUGA